AUGCCUCCUGAUGAAGGAAGUAGUGUCUGGUAUCCUGACAACACUACAACAUUUGUUGUCUCUGGCAACACUUUUUUAGUAAAACACAUCUUCUUCAAAAAUCUCAAACAUCAGCAAAAUUGUUUUUCAAAUCCAACAAAUUCGUCCUUCAAGAACGCCUCCACGAGCUUUCUUCUCAGAAUCAGGUUUAAGAGAAAGCUCUACCAACAUCUUCCAUCUUCCAUUGAUACUCAGGUCUUGGUGAUAUCAAACUCUGAAAUUGAUGAUUUCUUGAAAAUACUCAGUUUGCUUUCCAGUUCUAUUUUGCUUCCUGAACUCAAUGGGAGAAAUCAAAUAGAAAAGUUUUGCUUGUCCAAUGCAUGUCUGGUUUUGUGCACUGUUUCUAGUUCUAUUAAACUCUACACUGAAGGAAUGACUCAGGUAAAGUUUCUAGUAAUUGACGAAGCGGCCCAGUUGAAAGAGUGUGAAUCCACAAUCCCCUUAAAGCUACCUGGUCUUCAGCAUUGCAUUCUUAUAGGUGAUGAGAAGCAACUGCCAGCACUGGUGAAAAGCAAGAUUGCUGAUAGUUGUGGAUUUGGAAGAAGUAUGUUUGAGAGACUGGGUAAGGAGAAAUCUGGCCGCGGACACAGCUUGAUGAACAUGGUUGAGGUUGCUGUCAUUUCUGAGAUGAUUAAAAACCUCAAAAAAGAGUUUAAGAGGACACAAGAGAAAGUUAGCAUUGGAGUUAUCUCUCCAUAUAAUGCUCAAGUCUAUGCAAUCCAGGACAAAAUUAAGGAGUACACUUCUGUUUCUGAUACUGAUUUCUCUGUGAGUGUUCGUUCUAUUGACGGUUUUCAAGGUGGAGAGGAAGAUAUUAUAAUAAUGUCUACUGUUAGAUCAAAUGGGAGUGGAAAAGUAGGUUUUCUUUCAAAUCGGCAAAGAACCAAUGUGUCCAUGACUAGAGCAAGAUCUUCACAAGUCAAAGGAAAUGGAUGCAACCAAGUCAAUCAAUGGUGA